UUAGCCACAAAGUCAGUGCUGUCUUCUACACACACUGUAGCAACACAACCACAUGGAAAUGGAGUCUGAAGUGGAGCGAGGUGCCCAGAGCAAGCAGAAUCUAAUCAGUGAAAAUAAUGGGGGUUUGGGUUGCUGUGGGUGGAUCCUUGUGAUUAUCUCAGCGUUUUUCAGCAUCUUAAUAUUUCCAAUCAGCGUUUUCAUAAGCAUUAAGAUUGUGAAAGAGUAUGAGCGUGCUGUCAUAUUUAGACUGGGGCGGAUAACAGAUCGAAAAGCCAAAGGACCAGGAAUCUUCUUCAUUAUCCCCUGCACGGACUCUUUUGUCAAAGUGGAUCUCAGAACCAUCUCGUUUGACAUCCCUCCCCAAGAGAUAUUGACCAAAGACUCAGUGACAAUUUCUGUGGAUGGUGUUGUGUACUUCCGUGUAAGUGACCCUGUUGCCUCAGUGGCAAACGUGUCCAAUGCGGAUUACUCCACCCGCCUACUGGCCCAGACCACCUUGAGGAACGUCCUGGGGACCAAGAACCUGGCUGAGGUCCUUUCUGACCGAGAAAGCAUCUCCCACAGUAUGCAGGUGACUCUAGAUGAGGCCACAGAUUCGUGGGGAAUCAAGGUGGAGCGGGUGGAGAUUAAAGAUGUUAAACUACCACAGCAGCUGCAGAGAGCUAUGGCGGCCGAGGCCGAAGCAACCCGUGAGGCUAGAGCAAAAGUCAUUUCAGCAGAGGGAGAGAUGAAUGCAUCCAGGGCUCUGAAGGAGGCGUCUCUGGUGAUCUCAGAGUCUCCAUCCGGACUUCAGCUCAGAUAUCUCCAAACUCUCAGCACCAUCGCAGCUGAGAAGAACUCCACCAUCAUCUUCCCUCUGCCCAUGGACAUCAUCAGUCACUUCAUGAAGAAAUGAUCGCUGAAUAUUCACAAAGUCUGCAGAUGUUUGCUAGUCAUUUAUUAAUAAGUAUUACAUUAUUUUCUUAUGUGCCAUGUUUUACACACAUUUCAGUUUAUUGCAUGUUGUAGGAAUGAUGUUAUAUAUAUAAGCAUAAAAUUGUGAUGCAAAUCAAGGUUUACAAAUGACUUUAUUUAAAAAAAUAAGUGUCAUAUUUCAGAAAGUAUAUCAAUGUAACGCAACUUUCAAAUGCUAAUUUUACAAGUAUGCAUGAAAUUAGUUAAAAUCUAAAGUAAAAACA